AUGCUGGGAGCCGGCCGGCAGCUGGCUGCCCUUCUCCCACUUCUUCAAUUGCUCUUUCUUCCACGUAUCUCAGCACAAUCAACGGGAACAUGGAUCAUCACCGCUACCGACACUUCUUCCCCGAAAUCCGGCUGUAUGAUCAUGGCUCAAAUCAACGAUGGAGCUUCUCCAGAAGCUAUAACGUCUAUGGUCCCUGUCUGUCCAUCAUCUGCUUCUAUCCCUUCCACGCCAGCGUCGGGUGAGACUGUCACUUGGCCCUUUUCGACAGCCGCAGAAGGGGCAGCGUCAAGUAUGGCUAUCUACGCUCAAUUGACACAGACGACAGGGGGAGUUUCGCCGGGUUGCGUCAUCAGUCUCACGCAGAUGCAGGUCGAGUAUCUUCUUGGGAGAUCGCUCAAAUGGGACAACGGAGUCAAUCAAGUGUACGACAACACUGCUAAUGGUUAUCUCCUGGAUCCGACUUCUUUCGCACCCAUCACUUGUGGAGCGGGUGCACUCCUGCCUGCAGGAUUGGUCCUUCCUGAUCCCUACUCGCAUGCUAGAGGCGAUGCGACAUGGGGGCAAUCGCUUCCGAUAACUGCAGGGUCGACAGCAACAGGCGGAGGCGCGCCAGCACCUGCUGCACCAUCACCUGCUCCACCCAAAUCUUCCGCGCCACCACCCGCUCCACCUCCUACCUCAUCGACCACUCCCAAAGCUGUCGUCGUACCAAGCACCAGCGUGGUGGUCGUAGUGGAGACACAUACGUCAACCAGCACCGUGGUCGCUCCUCCACCUUCUUCCUCCAAACCAGCCCCUCCUCCGUCCUCUUCUCACUCUGUUAUCGCUGUGGAGGUCCCUCCCUCCACCUCGUCCUCCACCUCUUCGAUGACCUCUUCAGCUCCUCCGACCGUGACGAAAACCGAAACCGAGACGGAAACGCAGGUGGCUAGUUCUUCCUCGUCUCAACCGCCCUCGGUGAUCAAUGUCCAGUUACCAUCCAGUGGCAAGAGUUCUCAGGUGGUGCAAACUUCUAGUAGCACAUUUACCACUUCGAGCAGUACGAGCAGCACCACUUCAAGUGUUACGAGUAGCAGCACCUCCAGUAUAUCCUCCAUUGGUACUUUCGUCCUUCCUUCCUCUCAAAGCACUUCCUCUGCUUCGGCACCGUCGGUCAUCGACGUGCAAGUCAGCUCCACGUCCAGUUUCCCCCCUUCCUCCUCAUCCUCUUCGUUCAUUUCAUCGAGUCGUUCUACUCAAUCAACGCAGAGUACACCCUCGUCACCGCCCUUGAGCUCGAGCAGCUCUAGUACCAGUGUCACAAGUAGCCAAAUAUCAUCGGCCCCUACACCCUCUCUGGGCGCGCCAGUGUUUUCCGAACCCACCCAAGCAGGUGACAGUCACACUUCGUCUUCAUCUUCCAGUCAAUCCACCGCGGCACCUGCCUCUGGUGGAAGUAAGAGUCAACCUACUUUCACCAUUGGCAGCAGUACGAUCGGCCAGUUCUCCCCGGUUGGGAAUGGGGCAAAUAAUCUGGUCGCUACGCCUACACCUGAUUCUAGUGGGGGCAAAGGAGAUGGUAAUGGCGGGGGUAAUGGAGGCAACGAUGGCGGAGAUGACGGUGAUGGGGAUGGAGAUGGUGGGGACGGUGGAAACGGUAAUGAUAACGGCGAUGGUGAUGGCGAUGGUGAUGAUAAGGACGACGGCAAAGACGACGGCAAGAAUGAUGGCAAAGACGACGGCAAGGAUGACGGUAAAGACGACGGCAAGGAUGACGGUAAAGACGACGGCAAGGAUGAUGGUAAAGACGACGGAAAUGGAAAGGGCGAUGACGAUGAUGGAGGAAUUCCAGGUAGUGGCACCAUACUGGCUGUCAACUCGACAGGCGACAACGACGAUUCCGAUUAUGGGACCAAUUCCACCGCUGGCAAGGACAACAAGGCAGAUGCAGAAAACGAUCCCCUUGAAGAUUUCUUUGGCUGGUUAUUUGGUCAAAACGGAACAAUCGGGGACGGUGACAACGGGGAAAUGGGGGUUGAAGGCAAUUGGACUCAUCACAAGCAUCACAAAGGCUUCAUGGAGAAAGCUAAAUCAAAUUCAACUUCUCAUGAUUGGGGCGAGGAAUCUGGGGAUCAGGCAGAAGGUGGGGAUGGCGAUUCAGGAAACGGGGGGCAGGGGAAGAAUAAAACUGAGACCGUGUCAAUGGAAUCGAGUUCGACCAUAUCCAGUUCCUUCUCAGACGCUACACCAACACCCGACGGACUCCUGGCCGUCGCAAACUUCGCUCAAAGUAACGACGAUUGUGAUGACAUAACAGAUCCGGUCGUCGACUCAUCUGACGACACAUGCGAUGACGAUACCGAUCUUACGCAUAUGAACACUACGGUCCUUGCUGCGAGCGGUACGACAACCGAUGGGGAUGAUUGUGAGGAUGACUUGGACGAUGGAACAGAUGAUGGUGACUGUGACGACUCUAUCACAACCAAUUCGACCUCGACAGGUACGACUGUGCUUUUGGCGGACGACGAUGAUUGUGACGACAGUAUCUCGACCAAUUCCACCGUAUUGCUCUCGAGUGACGAUGAGUGCGACAUGGACACUACCGAUGAUUCCGGUGAUACAGAUGACGAUUGUGAUACCGACGACGACGACGGAGAUGGUCCCAAAGCUAUUGUGAAUGCGGCUGUUACUGGAGGUGAUGACGGGGACGAUUGCGACGAUGAGAAUGUUACGGUCACUCAAACGGUCACUGUAACUCCUACUCCGUCAAAUGGGCAAAAUUUAGAGGCUGUGUUGCCCACAAGUUCAGCGAGUAACACAAGUACUAUGGAAUUCCCUACAGCUGUAGCGGCAGCGGUUGAAAAUGCCGCCAACGCCUUACCACGUUCAAGUGCACGGAGGAAGAGACGAGAGGGUAGGACUGUGAUUAGAACAAACCAAGAUGCGAAAAGACACCAUGACCGGAUCAUGGGUAGGAAUAAUGGACAGUGGUAA